AUGAUGUCCAUCUAUGACGCGGAGCAGGUCAGGAACUACCGCGGCCGCGAGAUCUACGAACGUCCCCCGCAUAUCUUUGCCAUUGCCGAUGCCGCUUACAAGUGCAUGAAGCAGAAAGGCGAGGACAGCUGCAUCGUCAUCUCCGGUAACUAUUCUUAAGC